UCUUUGCCUUAGAGGCGGGGGAUAGAAAAUGUGCAAGAUGAUACAUAUGUGCUUCAGUUUCUCUGAGGAGAAGCCGAAGUCAGCAGAGGCAGUCUCGCCGUGGAAGAGAAACUUUUAGUGAAGAUGGUUGCCAUUAAACCUCCGUCUCUGGUGCCGGUCUCCUGCGCGCAGGCUCUGCUCGGUGCGGCUUGUUUGACUGUCGCCUUCCUCGCUUUCCUGUUGGUUCGCCAGCUCGUCAAGCAAAGAAGACCCCCGGGCUUUCCUCCUGGUCCAUCUCCCAUCCCUGUGAUAGGAAACAUUAUGUCUCUGGCCACCGAGCCGCACGUCUUCCUCAAGAAGCAGAGCGAAGUUCAUGGACAGAUAUUCAGUCUUGACCUGGGAGGCAUCUUGACAGUGGUAUUAAACGGAUAUGACUGUGUCAGGGAAUGCCUUUACCAUCAGAGCGAGGUGUUUGCUGAUCGCCCAUCGCUGCCUUUAUUUAAGAAAAUGACCAAAAUGGGCGGGCUUCUCAACUGUAAAUAUGGCAAAGGCUGGAUUGAACACCGUAAACUGGCUUGCAACUCCUUCCGCUACUUUGGCAGCGGGCAGAGAAUGUUUGAAAGGAAGAUCUCAGAGGAGUGCAUGUUCUUUGUUGAUGCCAUCGAUGAGCACAAGGGAAAGCCCUUCAACCCCAAACACCUGGUGACCAACGCUGUGUCCAACAUCACCAACCUCAUCAUUUUUGGACAGCGCUUUACUUACAAUGACAGCAACUUCCAACGCAUGAUCGAACUAUUCAGUGAGAACGUGGAGCUAGCAGUAAGCGGCUGGGCCCUCCUCUACAACGCCUUCCCUUGGAUUGAGUAUGUGCCCUUUGGAAAACACCAGAAGCUGUUCCACAAUGCUGCUGAGGUGUACGACUUCUUGCUGCAGGCUAUAAAGGCUUUUUCUCAGGGUAGGGUGUGUCAUGCACCUCGCCACUAUGUUGAUGCUUAUUUGGAUGAGUUGGACCAGAACGCAGGAGAACCCGGCUCCUCUUUUUCCUAUGAGAACCUCAUCUAUUCAGUGGGUGAGCUUAUUAUUGCUGGCACAGAGACCACGACUAACACGCUGCGCUGGGCCAUGCUGUACAUGGCUCUCUACCCCAACAUACAAGAGAGGGUGCACAGAGAAAUCGACAGCGUGCUGGCCAAUGGGAGGGAACCGACCCUGGAGGAUAAACAAAGCAUGCCCUAUGUGGAGGCUGUUCUGCACGAGGUGCUUCGCUUCUGCAACAUUGUCCCACUUGGUAUUUUCCGCGCCACCUCCCAGGAUGCAAACGUCAACGGCUACACAAUUCCCAAAGGCACCAUGGUGAUCACAAACCUCUACUCAGUGCACUUUGAUGAGAAGUACUGGAAUGAUCCAGGUGUGUUCUCACCACAGAGGUUUUUGGACCACAAUGGCAACUUUGUGAGGCGUGAGGCCUUCCUGCCAUUCUCCAUGGGGAGGCGCUGCUGUCUGGGCGAACAGCUGGCCAGGAUGGAGAUGUUCCUCUUUUUCACCACUUUGAUGCAGAGGUUUCAUCUCCAGUUUCCUCCAGGAACCAUUCCCUCUGUCACUCCUAAACUGGGCAUGACCUUACAGCCCAAACCUUACUCUAUCUGUGCUGUCCGCAGGCAGCUGAAAGCUCCCUGCCAUGAAAACACUCCUUAUCACAAGUAGGCAAGCAGGAAUUUAUUACAGCUUGUUCAAAUGAUCAAGCAUGAAUUUUAUGCACAGCAAUGCAACCACAUGAUUCAGGUGCAUAAAACUGUGUCGCUCUGGAUUGUAGCGUCCAGUUCUGGUGCGUCACAGUUUUUCCAAAGGACUUUCAGUGGCAAAAGUAGCCGUCUACAUAUGGACAUGUGUUCCAUUGAAGUGUUCUACUGAGCAAUAUGCAUGUUUGCACAAUACUUUUAGGCAGCAGGCGGCAAAACUCGGUGCUGAAAGGACAUUCUGGGAACAUGCAGGUGCUAUUGAUCUCUGUAGCUCAGACUAGCUCUGAGCCCAGAAAAAGAAAUGUCUAUGUGGUAGUGAUGGGUUAAAUAUGUCAAUGAUUGAUAGUAAGUACACCUAUGAUAGUUCAUAGCCCUGCAUUCUCAUGACAGCUUCAGGUUAGACAAAUGACACCAGACUUGUACGUGUGGGGUGAAACGGGACUUUCCAAGAAAGUUCUGAACAGUGUUAGACUUGGACAUGGGCCAAGUUUUACAUCAUCUGGACUGACUCUAACCCCUCCUCCAGGGACAGCGCUCACUGGAAAAUGAAUCUCUUAGAGGCAAGACCAGCUGGAUUUCUAGAAACUGACUGCAACACUGGUUUCUGCUAAAUGGUGCUUAUCAGUACCAACAAAGUACUGUUUUUAUGUUUAAGGUUAACAUUUGUUUGUCCUUGUUUUUGCAAUACUUGUGAUAUGGUUUUAUUGUGUGGCUUCAUAAAGUCUUUCUUAAGAUAU